AUGGCCGCAGCAAGUGCUACUGGAGAAAAGUUGCCAAUGUUCGUCAUUGGCAAAUCAAAAAAACCUCGCUGCUUUAAUAACAUCAAACAUCUCCCUUGCCAAUACACAUCACAAAAGAAAAGUUGGAUGGAUAGUGAAAUAUUUGAAAACUGGGUCCGGAAACUGGACCAAAAGUUUCGUGUAGACGGGAGAAAAAUCGUUCUUAUAAUCGACAACUGUCCAGCACACCCAUCGAUCUCGAACUUAACAAACAUUCAUCUCGUUUUUUUGCCCCCUAACACAACGUCUGUGUUGCAACCGAUGGACCAAGGUGUCAUACGAAGUCUAAAAGCGCAUUACCGAAGGAGAGUUGUACGUUUGCUGUGCAGUGCUUUGGAGAACAACAAACCUUUGCCAAAGAUUUCAAUUUUAAGCGGAAUGAAGAUACUGGCUGAUUCUUGGGAGGCUGUAACUAAACAAACCAUCAUCAAUUGUUUUAAGAAAUCUGGAAUCUCUUCUACAGGACAACAGGAUGCUAUUGCUGAUUCGGAUGACCCAUUUAAAGAUCUUCAAGAAAGUUUGGAUGAUUAA